AUGCCAUUCCGCAUCUCGCGCUCGACGCGCUUGUGCGUGGUGAUUGGAAUUUCGACGUGUUUCUUUGUAGGGGAGAUUUCUGUGGGGUUUUAUACGCACUCUCUUGCAUUGGUUGCAGAUGCUUUUCACUACUUGAAUGACCUCGUGGGCUUUGUUAUUGCCUUGAUUGCCUUGAAGGUUUCAGAAGGCGAUGAAUCUCCCAAGGGUCUGUCAUUUGGAUGGCAGAGGGCACAGUUGUUGGGUGCUUUCUUUAAUGGGGUGUUGCUCUUUGGACUGGGAAUAAGCAUCCUGUUGCAGUCGAUUGAGAGGUUUAUUUCCUUACACCGUAUUGAGAACCCGAAACUGGUUUUCAUUGUUGGAUGCAUCGGAUUGGGCCUGAAUAUCAUCAGCGCUUUGUUCUUACAUGAACAUGGUCACGGACUCGGCCAUAGUCAUGGCCCGCCGACGAUCGAGGAGGGAUUGUCGCCUAUCAGUGACGACGAGGAUUCCAUUGCCAAGCAUCAUGACCACAAGCACGUGGAUUACGAAAAAUCGCAUGGCUCCGUCUCUAUGCAUUGUCCCGACCACGGCAACGGCCACAGUCACGGCCACAGUCAUGGACACGGGCAGGGUGGACACGACCAUGGAGACUUGGGCAUGAUGGGGGUCCUUGUUCACGUUCUGUGCGAUGCAGCCAACAAUCUCGGGGUCAUGGCAGCCGCGCUGGUAAUCUGGCUGGCCAAGUACGAUGGCCGGUACUACGCCGACCCGGGAGUGAGCAUGGGCAUCGCGCUGAUGAUUAUUCUGUCUUCCAUCCCACUGAUACGGAGAGCUGGUCACAUCCUCUUAGAAAGUGCUCCAACCGGCGUCGACCCAAGCGACGUGCAGCACGAUCUAGAAAAGGUCCCCGGUGUUCACUCCAUCCACGAACUCCAUAUCUGGCGCCUCAACCAGCAAAAGAACCUCGCCUCAGUCCACGUCGUGGUGAAGGAACCUUCCGUUGCCAGUUUCCUCAAAACAGCCAGGAUCAUUAACGAAUGUUUCCACGCAUACGGGAUCCAUUCAGCAACUCUCCAACCAGAAGUGAUGUCGGAAACGGAACAUUCAGAGGGGGAUUCACGGUGUCAAGUAGUGUGUGGAACGCUGUGCGAGGCUCUGACUUGCUGCGGAUGA